UUUUUUUUAUACCCCUCUUGCGCGUCUCGAAACAAAAACAAGCAGAGAGAGCUCGGUCACAUGUGGAGCGGCAGGGGAGCAGCAAGAAGAAGAAGGAAGCGGCAGUCACUCCUCAACACUGUCGGUAUCCAGGAGAGCGGUGACCCCCCCCCACCCCCUCCUCUCCACACACACCUCCACCUCCACCUCCGCCCUCAGGUUCCCCUCUCUGCCUCUCUCUCUCUCUCUCUCUCUCCGGCUCCAGUCGCCGCUCGGUGCGCUCCACAUAUGGUUCUCCUCCGGCACAUCUCCAUCGCCCUGACCGCCGCCGUGGCUGCCCUGGGCUCCGCUCUCUUCAUCGCCUUGAACUACUUCUACAGGAGGCGAAUAUGGUCCCCACAGGCGGAAUACUGCACGAUCAAGGAGGAGGAGGAGGAGCGAGGAAAGCGCCAGGUCCUGGUCCUCGGUCUGGACGGCGCCGGGAAGAGCAGCAUGUUGCAGGGUCUGACCCCCGGGGAGCCGGCGGCCAAAAGGGGCCGCUGCCGACCCACCCGCGGCUUCAACUUCAUGAGCCUGAACGCCCCCGCCUGUCAGCUGGACUUCCUGGAGAUUGGCGGCGGCGAGGACCUGCGGCGCUACUGGUCCGACUACAUGAGGAGGACUCACGUUCUGGUGUAUGUGGUGGACUCCGCUGACAGGAGCCGCCUCCCAAUGGCGAAGGAUGAACUGCACCGCCUCCUGAGGGUGGGGCCGCAGAUGCCCGUGGUCAUCCUAGGAAACAAGCAGGAUAAACCCAACGCUGUCAGUGUGUCGGAGCUACAUGACGCCUUGUCUCUGGGCUCUGUGACCGAGGACAGGAAGAUGUUCCUCUUGGCCGCCCAGCUGGGUUCGGAUGGAGCCCUGAGGAACUCCCACCAGAGCCUGGACAACAUCCAGGACCUCCUGCUCCAGCUCGUCUGAUUUCAGCCCCCCCCCCCCCACACACACACACACAUACACACACACAUACACACACACACACACAGGGAAGAAGAGGAGGAGAUGGAGGCACAGAAACAAAGGGAUGGCUUAAGGACAUCCUCCUCUUCCUCCUCCUCCUCUUCCUUAUAUAAGCUUUGGCUUAUUUGAGGCAGAGGAGGAGGAGGAGGAAGAGGAGGAGGAGGUGAUAAAGGCCUUCGAGACAGAGGCAGAGGGUUUUUUUUCUUAUUGAAGAAGAUGAGAUUGAGAAGAUGGGAAGAUGCCUUCAAGUACCUCCUCCUUUUCCUCCUCCUGUUCAAACUACGUCAUCUCUUCCUCCUCCUUCAUUACACUUUUCCUCCAACUCGUCUCGUCACCCUCGCCGGAGAAGAGGAGGUGGCGAGUGAGGAGGACGAGGGUUUUAAUCACAGACCUGUGACUCAGAACCACAGAGUUCGCCUCCUGCCGACGACUCAGACUUCGAACUAGUCUUAAUGUCAACCUGUUACAGGUUUAUUUAAGCAUGUAGAUUACACUGUAUAGAAGAUGUGAACUGAAAUAUGUCAAAGAUUGUAGACGCAUACACAGAUUUUCUUUGGUUUGCUGUUUUCCGAGAGUCAGCAGAGCAGAACAGGCAACACUCAGCGUUGCCAGGUUGGAGGCCCCCCGGGGACCGACACUGCACCAGCUCCGUGAAUUUCAGCGACUCGGUUUAAUAGAUACUCGCCGACCUCUGCACGGAGGCUUUUCUGAGAUCUAGGGGAAUUUUGUGAGGGGGAUUUAAAGGGACUCCCCCUGACAUUUUAAAAAGCAGAGUUAUUUCUCCUCUCACAACUCUUGUCAGGUUUCUUCACGACAGCUUGAGAGCAUUUUAAGAUUCAGUGUCUGAAACCACAACCUCUCUGUGAGUAUAGUUUCUGGAUCAAGUCAGUCCAGACUGUUUUCAUCGUGACAUUUAACAUGUAGUCCGAACAACAAGAAAAACUGUCCCUGAAUCACUUGCUAAAGCUCCUAAGGCCAUAUUUCACACGGCACGAAUGAAGCCGACGAUGUACUCAACAAACACUUGAUGUGCAUCCACUGGGUAGCAGAUGUGUAGGAUGAGGUCGGUGUUAUUCUGUUUUUCUUCUCAUCAGCAAAUCCCACGAAAAGACCAAAACCAAAAAAGAUGUAAAUCUUUGAAAACAGCUCAGAAAUAUAUUUUAUUUUUUAAGUUUUUACUAGUGCAUUUUUGGGGACUAUUUUCAGCAGUGGAUUAAUACACAUUAAAUGCUCUAGUAAGUAUUUGGGGCAGCAGGAUGUGCGUGCGUGUGUGUGUGUGUGUGUGUGUGUGUGUGUGUGUGUGUGGGACUGAGUCAAAAUAAACUACAGUGUGUGUGUGUGUGUGUGUUUAUAAUAACGAAGCAACAUGUCACCCAGUGCGACAGUGUGACUCACUGAUCGUUUUUUGGACGACAAUGGAGCUACACAGAUAAUACUCGUUCGUAGGAUCGAUUAAUUGUUGGUUUUGGUCUUUUUCGUGGGACAUGUUGACAAUGAGGAAAAUACAGACUAUCAUCAGCUUCAUCCUUUAAUGUUUUUACUCAUUAUUCAGUAAGAAAAAAAAAGCAUUAAGCGAAGAUGAGAUCAGCCAAAUUCGUCACUCCAUCUCUGUUUGCUUAAGGAUUUGCGCACAAUUUGGAUUUCACAUCCUUUUUAAGCCCAACACGCUCCGAGUCCUGUUUGCUCCACAGCUGUGCAGAAUGUACCAGUAUCCAGAAAAACACACAUCCUUGAAUGUCUCAGUGCAGAUGUGACUACUGAGUGUUUGACUCUGAAGCUACUUGUAAAGAUAAACUGCAGUUGGCUUGACUCUUGAUUAUUCUAUCGCCGCCUGUGUGCAGCCAUGUUUGCUUUUGACGCACAAUCUUGUAAUGAAUGUGAAGUUUUAUUCCUUUUGAUGUGGCGUGGCUCUGCAGAAAAUGUUUUCACAGCAAGUAAGAUUUUAGUUGACUGCUGUAUGUUUUUUUGUUGUGUAAAGGGAACUGCUGGAUGUGAAUUCAAGCAUGUCUUCAUGUUUUUAUGUUCUCUUUUAAAACUUCAGCUGCAAUUUUGGAUUAAGUCUUGAUGUGUUUUUUUUUCUUAAAACAACAGAAAUCAACCAAAGUACAAGUGGAGAAAGAAAACCUGCCAAUAAACACAGUUGUGUACUCGA